CAUUUGUGUUUAUGUUGGAUCGAAGUCAAGGAUGAUUUUGUUUGGCUUCUUCCCAGUCUCCGGGUGGUUCCCAUAGAGACGGUGUAAUGUUUUUGCUUCUCCCUGUCAUAUGAUCCCGGAGCUGCUUCAGGAAGCGGCCAGCGAUCGAACUUGCAACUUGUAAAGAGAUAGUUUCACAGGCAACCGGUCAUUCCCAGGUGAUUGGUUUUUUUGGCCAGGAUUUUAUGUGCACUAACCACAACAACCGUGGCCACUUAUUUUUUUUUCUCGCUUCAGGCAUUUUCCUAAAACUCUGCUGCGUUUCAGCAGGGGGUUUUCUUUUUUGAUCUUUGGAAAAUAACCUUGGAAUUAUGGACGACGGCAAACUGCCCAGCCUGACAGACUAUCGGCGAUAUUCACUUCACUUAAAAAAUCCCAAAAGGAACGUCUUCGUCACGCAGCUUGGGGACCAAAGGUAUGAAAAUGAAGAUGUUAAUUACAUUCCAAUAAUCAGACAGGCAGCCGGUGAGAUUCUUGCAAGUGACCGGAAGACACCUCAGGCGACUUUGGUAUUGAAGAAGGAAGUAGAAGUUGACCAAGUUAAUGCAGAACUUGCAGCUAAAAGGCAAGAGUUCCUUCAACGCAUGGAAGCCAUUAGCCAGCGGAGGGCAGAAUUUGAAAGAAAGGAGCAGGUGUUUAGAGAAAGAGCCCUGAAGUUUGACAAAUUCCUCAGGGAUAAUGAUGCAAAGAGGUGUCGUGCUAUUAAAAAAUAUCAUGUUGAGUUGAAAGAAAAUGAAGUGAAAAAGAAGGAGUUACAAGAUCUACUUCACCAAUUUGAAGAAAUGAAAGUCAGGCAAAGAAAACUGCAAAGGGGUAUGUCAAAAUACAAAUUGUAUGAAGAUUAUCUUCUGAAAGUAAUUGAUAAUUUGCCUGAAAACUACUUGGAGUACAGCUCAGAAUCUAUGGUGAUGAGUAUCAUUCGAAAACAUGAAACCCUUGGAGCCACCAAUGAGGCUUUGAUAAAUAAUCUCAGCAGGUUGUCAGAUGAGAUGGAACAAUGCCAGCGUGACUUGGAAAGUCUGCAUCAAGAAUAUGACACCACAAAACUGACGAUUAAUAGUCAACUCUCAGUGCGACAAAUGGAAUGCGAUGAAAUAAAGGAGAAGAAUAAACAGAUAGAAAUGAAAAUAAAUCUACAACGAGGCAAUUUCAUUCAUAAGAGUGAAGGGUUUGGUGCCCUCUUAUUGGCUAUUAAUAAUCUGGCAGAUCAGUGCUACAUGAGGCAUUAUGGAGUAUUUGAAGAAAUUGACAUGUUAACAAAGUUGGACAUGGUGAAGGAGUUCAUCAUGGAAAAGAAAGAUGUUGCACAAGAAGCAGGACAAACUGACUCUGCAUCUGUUUUCAUUGGCAUCUCUGACCAAAUUCCAACCAAAUCAGGGGAAACUAACCAGUUGAAGCCACAAAUAAAGGUCUCAUUUGCAAAUUCCAGCAAAAUCAUAACUAACCAAAAGAACAGACUAAAACCAAUAAAUAGCAAGUCUUGAUGAGUCAUUUUGACAUCUUCUACACGAAGAGGGAAUUUAUUAUUUUGCCUAAUACAGUUUAGUGAAGGGUCAGGUCAUGUUUUUCGUUUAAAGGCAUAAUAGCAUGUAAAUUGUUGUGUGAAAGAAGUAGAGGGAAUCUGACUGUGUUCGCAGGGCUAACCACCCCACUCAUCUAAGUGCAGCAGGUGAGUAAGGUAUAAAUGACCUGAAUCGAACGGUUUCCCACUGUAUUGGCAGAAGAGUGCAGCAGGCUCCAGACUAAUUUCCCUUAAUUUUUCAUUGCUUUGCCAUCUUACUUUAAGCAGUGCUGUAAAGUCUAAAUCUGAUUUUCUAGGUAUGAUUCUGAAGUAAAACUUUAGAGCGGUUAGUUUUGUGGUGUGGUGUAAUACAUUAAUGGUUGCGAUAUACACAGGGAGUGCCGAUCGAUUCCCUUCAGUUUGAGUAGAAUAUAACUCAAUAUUAUAUGUAGCCAAGUUUAAAAAGUACUGAGACAUUCAUAUGAGCUUUCUAUCACUUAAUAAACUUUUUGAGAACCUCA